AAAUGAAAUGUAUAGAGAGGUAAAGUGGGAAUUUUGACAUUGGUGGGUUUAGGGGAAAAACAGAGAGAAAGAGAUGGAUUCGUCGUCAGUAGGGAACACCAACAGGUACUGGGUCCUCCGCCACGGCAAGAGCAUUCCCAACGAGAGAGGCCUCGUCGUCUCUUCCAUGGAAAAUGGUGUCCUCCCCGAGUACCAGUUAGCCCCUGAUGGUGUCGCUCAGGCUCGUCUCGCCGGCGAAUCGUUCCUCCAGCAACUCAAGGAAAGUAACAUAGAACUGGACAAGGUUCGCAUUUGCUACUCCCCCUUCUCCAGAACCACUCACACCGCUAGGGUUGUUGCUAAGGUCCUCAAUCUCCCCUUUGAUGCUCCUCAAUGCAAGAUGAUGGAAGAUCUGCGCGAACGCUAUUUUGGACCUACAUUUGAACUCAAGUCCCAUGACAAGUACCCAGAGAUAUGGGCUCUUGAUGAAAAAGAUCCUUUUAUGGGACCAGAAGGAGGUGAAAGUGCUGAUGAUGUUGUUUCCCGACUUGCCACUGCCAUGAAAUCCAUGGAAGCUGAAUAUCAAAGGUGUGCAAUUCUGGUGGUGAGUCAUGGAGAUCCUCUGCAGAUGUUGCAGAACGUUUUCCAUUCAGCAAAGCAACAGGAAGGAGAUGGUUUGGCAGAGAAGUUUCAGUUGAGCAGAGUUGCUUCUGUCUUGUCACAGCACCGCAAGUUUGCUUUGCUCACUGGGGAACUCCGACCCCUCAUCUGAUUGGCAAUCAAUGUAUUCAGCUUUUGGAAUGUCUUUCCUUGAACUCUUUUGUUAUCAAUUCCUAUUUCUCUCCCAUUGGCAUUCUUGCAAUUGCCAAACUUGGAUUAGCCUGUUUAUUAUCACCUCUGUUUGUUAGAGAAAACAUGAAGAUUUACUCCUGUAAUAAGAAAUCAUGCUCAUUUAUGUUAUAUGUAUCUUCAAAUCU